GUCGUGAUCAGCUUGCCGGUCAGUAAGUGUGGAAAAAAAGAAUUAAAAAGUAAUCGAACCAUGAAGUUGAUCGUGUUUAUAGCUUUUGCAUUGUUUGUAACAACAUUUGCAAAGAAAUUAGACGAGAAAUAUAUGUGGAAGGAACUGGAUUUUGCAUGGCCAUCUGAAGAAGUUAAACAAGCAGCUAUUAAGUCUGGAAGAUAUAUUGAAAGUCAUAAUUUACCACUUGGAUUGGAAGUGUGGAAAGACAAAAUGUUCAUUACAGUGCCUAGAUGGAAAGGUGGUGUGGCUAGUUCAUUGAAUUAUUUCAAAAUAAAUGACGAGAGGUCACCGGUUCUUAUUCCAUAUCCAUCAUGGGAAGCUAAUCAACUUCCAGAGUCUGAGCAAACUACACAAGCAAGCUACGGAGGUGGUAGAACAGAUGCAAAAGAAGCAGAAAAAGCUGACAACUUACUUGCAAAGAAUAAUGAAACGAUUAUUUCGACCUUCCGUAUCAGAGCUGAUGAUUGUGAUCGAUUGUGGGUCAUGGAUAGUGGAUUGGCUGAUAUUUUAGGCUCGCCAAAACAAUGGGCCCCAAAUUCAAUUGCUGUUUUUGACCUUAACACUGAUAAAUUAAUCAGACGAUUCGUCAUUCCUGAAGAUCAAGUCAAAGAAGAUUCAUUCUUUGCAAAUAUCAUUAUUGAUACACAAGCAUCAGACUGCAGUAAUGCAUUUGCUUAUCUUCCUGAUCUCGGCUCAUACGCUGUCGUUGUCUAUGACUUUAAAAAUGACAAAUCUUACCGUGUAAAGCACAACUUCUUCCACUUUGAUCCACUUCAAGGCGAUUUAACUGUUGGUGGAGUUAAUUUCCAAUGGACUGAUGGAGUUUUUGGAAUGGCUUUAGGCACACCAACAAAUGAGCAUGGUGACAGAACCGUUUAUUUCCAUGCAUUGGCAUCAACUAAAGAAUUCUCAGUACCUAAUACGGUUCUUAAGAAUGAAACAUUUGCUACAUCAGGUGAUUCUUACUAUGCAUACACACUUCUAGGAGAUAGAGGAACUAAAUCACAGGCCACAGCUGAAUUCUACGAUGAAAAAACUGACGUUAUUUUCUACACACAAAUCAACCGUGAUGCAAUUGGUUGCUGGAAUAUCAAGAAGCCAUACACACCAGAAAAUCAAGGUCUUGUUGAUUCCGAUAGCCACACAUUGGUUUUUCCAAAUGACUUGAAAGUUGAUGAUAAAGGAAAUUUGUAUGUUUUGAGUGAUAGAAUGCCGUUGUUUAUCUACAAAAACUUGGAACCAGGUUACAAUUACAGAAUUUUGACUGGAAAGACAGAGGAAGUGAUUGUUGGCACACCAUGUGAAAAUGCAGUACAAUAAUUAAUUAACAUUUCAUCGUCAUCAUUAUGGAUUUCAUUAAAUGUGAUUAAUCAACUUAAUUUGAAACGUUUAUCCUCCUAUUAUCAUUGGAAAUAAACCUCUUGUAGAGGACUGAAUCGUACAAAAAUUA